AUGACCUCUUCAAUCGGCGACAUGGAGCCCGCGGAGGCAGAGUCCGCGUACUUCAAUGAAUACCCACCUCCCAAGACCCUCCCCAAUCUGGAAGCACUGGCCCGCGCCUUUAUCGAGCGCCAUGUCGAAGCUAACCGGCGAGUGGUCCUGGUGACAUCUGGUGGAACAACGGUACCUCUGGAGGCGCAAACAGUGCGAUUUAUCGACAACUUCUCCGCCGGUACCCGUGGUGCUACCUCCGCAGAGUACUUCCUCGAGCAAGGAUAUGCGGUCAUCUUCCUGCACCGCCAGUACAGUCUCCUGCCGUACUCGCGGCAUUACAGCCACUCCACGAAUUGUUUCUUGGAUUUCAUGGACGAGGCUCCUCCUACCUCCGAAUCUGAAAACCCCGACCAUGGCCGUAUCGUUGUCCGCAGCGAAUACCAGGAUGAGAUGCGCGAUGUGCUCCGCAAGUAUCGUUAUGCGAAGCAGAAUAACUUGCUCCUCUUGUUGCCUUUCACCACCGUUUCGGAAUAUAUGUUUGAGCUGCGGUCAUUAGCAAAGCUGAUGCGGCCGCUUGGCCCCAAUGCACUCUUCUACCUCGCGGCGGCAGUUAGUGAUUUCUUCAUUCCGCGUCAUCGCAUGGCCGAGCACAAAAUCCAAUCUUCUGAGAUUCCAGCCAACUUCUCAGAUGAAAGUGCCGUUGCGUCGGACGAGGCCGUUGCGUCGGACGAUAUCUACACCGGCGAGAACGAACCUGAACCACCCAAGAGCGGCAAGAAGCUGGUCGUCAACCUCGACCCUGUCCCCAAGUUCUUGCACCGCCUUGUCGACGGCUGGGCCCCCGAGGGAAGCAUGGUCGUAUCAUUCAAGCUGGAGACAGACCCUUCGCUGCUUGUGUAUAAGGCCAAGACCGCACUCCAGCGGUACUCACAUCACCUGGUCAUCGGUAAUCUGCUGUCAACGAGGAAGUGGGAGGUUGUUUUCAUUACGCCAGACCCGCCAUAUGAGCGAUGGAUUCGCGUCCCCAAAGCUCGGCGCAGCAAGAGUAUUUCUGGCGUGGAGGAUCAAGUUGGACUUGCCGAGAUCAAGAAGGGUGGUUCUGCGACAAGUGCGGAGGCAGAACAGCCACCGUCAGAACACUCUGGCAAUAAAAUUGAAAUUGAGACUAUCAUCAUCCCAGAAUUGGUCAAGUUGCAUGAAAAUAUGAUCAAGAAGAAGACAAAUGCGUCAUAA